AUGAAAAUUCCCAUAAUCGCAAGGCCUCUACAAUAUACUUUAAAAGUUUCCGGACUCUGGCCAGAUUACUUCAAUAUUCUUGGAGUAAUCAUUGUAAUGUCGGCUUUGUUCACUUUGAUACCAUUUCAGCUUCUGGAUGUUUGGAAAGAAUACGACAAUAUCUUUAUAGUGAUGGAUGACUUGAGUCAAAUUUCAGCUGAAGUAUUGUUAUAUUUUAAAUUUUUAAUAAUAUUCUGGCAUAGACGUGUAUUCAAAACUUUACUAAAAGAAAUGGCUGAAGACUAUGAAAAUAAAUAUAAAAUAAAAUACUGGUCAGAGCUUAUUUCAGCGUCGCGUCGCUUUACGAAAUUAGACUAUGGAAUGUACGCACUUGCUUCCGCAAGUUAUCAUGUACAACUUAUUAUGUUUUAUAUAAUAACACCAGUUGAGGAUAGAGAAAUGAUGAUUAGAGCACGAUACCCGUUCGACUACAGAAGUUCUCCAACUUAUGAAAUUCUGAAUAUUAUUCAAGUUAUUCAAGGAUUGAUAAUGUGCUCUAUCCAAGCUUUGUCAGAGUCUCUUCUCGUGGCUUUGGUCCUGCAUGCUUGCGGGCACAUUGAUUUACUUCUUAAUGAGAUUGAAGAGUUUUCAAUAAAUUGUAGAACGACUAGAAAAAAUUCGUCUUUACUACUAAUAAUAAAGCAGCAUCUGAAAGUUUUAGAUAUCGUCAACAACAUAGAGACAGUUUAUACUUACGUAUCUUUUAUUCAAGUAUUUUUCAGUACGUUUAUAAUUUGUUGUUCUUCUUAUAUUGUACUUGCGGUAACGAAUAAUCUCGUGCUUAUGAUCAAGUAUAGCCUGUUAUGUAUGACUGCGGUAUGGCAAGGAUAUUCCUUUUGUUUUUCUGGUCAACGACUAAUUAAUAAAAGCGAACAAAUUUCAAACAAAUUAUAUCAGUCAUUUUGGCAUGAUGAAAAUCCCAAAGAAAUUCGCGCAAUUUCUUACAUGAUUAGUAGAGCUCAAAGAUCCCUUGCACUAACAGCGGGAAAAUUCACUUCCCUGUCUGCUCCAACGUUUACUUCAAUGAUGAAAACUUCUUUUUCGUACAUUUCCGUCAUCAGAUUGAUAAGCUUAUUCGGAACUCGAAUUUAUACGAAGUGCGAUGAAAUGAAAGUUCCAAUAGUCGGGAAACCUGUAGAAUAUACUUUGAAAUUUUGCGGACUUUGGCCGGAUUACUUUAAUAUUUUUGGAAUUUUACUUGUUGUGUCAAGUUUGUUCACAAUAAUGCCAUUUCAGAUCAUUGAUAUGUUAAAAGAGUUCGACAAUACAUUUAUAUUGCUUGAUGAUUUAAGUAACUUUUUCGGUGAAAUAUUAUUGUACUCUAAAUAUCUAGUAAUUUGGUAUCACAGAAGAAGACUCAAAAGCUUAUUGCAAGAAAUGACUGAGGAUUAUGAUAACGAAGAUAAAAUAGAAUAUUGGUCAGAGUUUAUUUCAGCAUCGCAUCGAUUUACGAAAUUCGAUUACUUAAUGUACGUUGGUACGUCCUCGAUGUAUUAUCUUCAGACGAUCCUCAACUACUUGAAAAUACCAGUAGAACAGAGAGAAAUGAUGAUUAGAGCGCAAUACCCGUUUGACUUCAGAAGUUCUCCAAUGUACGAAAUUAUGACUCUUGUUCAGAUUGUGCAAGGAUUGACCAUGUGUAGUCUCCUGGCUUUGUCCGAGUCUCUUCUGGUAGCUUUGGUCCUGUAUGCUUGUGGGCACAUUAAUUUGCUUUCAGACAAAAUCGACGAGUUUUCAUUGAAUUGCUUGAAUAAUGAAAAGGACGUUUCUCCAGAGGCGAUAAUAAAACAACACCAGAAAAUUUUAAACAUUGUCCAACAGAUUGAGACAAUUUAUACUUACGCGUCAUUCGUGCAAGUUUUUCUUAGUACAUUUACGAUCUGUUCUACUGGAUAUAUUGUAAUCGCUGUGGCAGAUGAUAUCAUAACAAUGAUUAAGUGUGGCAUGUUAGGUGCCACUGCAAUGUGGCAAGGAUACUCGUUUUGCUUUUUUGGUCAGAGGCUGAUCAAUGAAAGCGAAAAAAUUUCAAUCAAGAUAUAUAACACAUUUUGGUAUUUAGUUAAUCCCAAAAAAAUCCGUGCUCUUUCGUAUAUGAUAAAUAGAUCCCAAACACCUCUCACUCUAACAGCAGGAAAGUUUACUUCUCUAUCUGCAGAAACAUAUACUACAAUGAUGAAAACAUCUUUUUCGUAUAUAUCCGUACUCAGAGCUAGUAACAUAUAAUUCUAUUGCUCAAAAACAUUUUAAAAAUCAGCUAUAUAAUGUGCGACUUUUUUGCUCGUGAAAUUGAUAAUCAAAUUUACUGCUCGUGAAAAGUAUAUUUUUCGAAAUAUAUAGAAAUAUACAAAAUAUAUAGUGGAUUAAAAAUUUUCGAUCCAAUUCGAUACUGUUAAAAGUUCUUUCACAGUCAAUUGAUCUCGUCACGACUAAUUUUUUGUAGUAAAUGGUAUAAUGUCAUUUUUUAU